AUGGGGCUCGUUCGAACCAGAAACUUGUCAUAUCUCCAGGUACUCUUGAUAUCUUUGUCUUGUUUGGAGUUUGGAUGUGCCAUAGACACUAUCACAGCACAUCAAUUCAUCAAAGACCCUGAAAUCAUAAUUUCCAAUGGCGGUGACUUUAAACUGGGAUUUUUCAGCUCUACAAAUUCAACCUAUCGGUAUGUUGGGAUAUGGUAUACUAAAGUUUCAGCUUCUCAUGUCGUAUGGGUUGCUAAUAGAAACAGACCCCUCAAGACUUCCUCUGGGAUUCUUACUAUAUCCGAAGAUGGCAAUCUAGUGGUAUUAGACGAAGAAAAGAAGAUUAUUUGGUCAUCAAAUGUUCCAAAUUCAGUUUCCAAUCCAAGUGUUCAGCUUUUAGAUUCUGGGAACCUUGUCAUGAAAGAAAACAAUACCGGUUCAAUCUUAUGGGAGAGUUUCCAAUAUCCUUCUGAUUCAUUACUGCCAAAGAUGAAAAUGAUUAUUGAUAUAAUAACAGGCAAGAAUGUGCAGCUAGCGUCAUGGAAGAGCCCUUCUGAUCCGUCCGUUGGAGCCUUUUUUGCAGGUAUUUACUUUUUCAAUCUUCCUGAAAUAUUCAUUUGGAAAGACGGCCAACCCCAUUGGCGUAGUGGUCCAUGGAAUAGUCGGCUAUUUAUUGGAAUACCGACCAUGUAUUCUCUAUAUCUUGAUGGAUUUAGUCUUGUAGAUGACAAAGAAGGAACAUUCUAUUUUACUUUUGAUUUUUCAAACAAGUCUAUGUUAUCACAUUAUACCUUGAGUUCCGAAGGAAAUCUAGAGGAAAUUAGCUCCAUUAAUGGGAAGGAUUGGGAGGUCACGUGGUCAUCUUUGAUGUCAGAAUGCGAUAUUUAUGGCAAGUGUGGGGCAUUUGGAAGUUGUAACUCACAAAACUCACCAAUUUGCAGCUGUUUAGAGGGGUUUGAGCCAAAGAUCAUAGAAGAAUGGAAUGGAAGAAAUUGGACUAGCGGGUGUGUGAGGAGGACACCCUUGCAAUGUAAGAGGGUGAGCACUGGUGGUGAAGAAGGCCAAAAGGAUGGGUUUUUGAAAGUGAAGAUGAUGAAAACGCCAGACUUUGCAAAUUGGUCUUCUAUUAUUGAGGAUGAAUGUAGAUACCAGUGUUUGGAGAAUUGUUCUUGUAUAGCUUACGCAUAUGAAUCUGGCAUUGGGUGUAUGUCAUGGAGUAGUGACUUGAUAGACUCACAAAAGUUUUCAACUGGAGGAGUUGAUCUUUAUGUUCGUGUGGCCUAUUCAGAACUUGAUAAAAAGGGAGAAGUGAAAGUAAUCAUCACGGUCACUGUGGUCUUAGGAUCAUUGUUCAUUGCCAUUUGCAUUUUCUUCUUAUGCCGGCGGAAGGCUAAACGAAAAGGAGGAAUAUGUCUAAAAUCUCACGGUGAAGAAAAUCUUGCCGUCAGCAUGAACAAAGACAAAGUACUUGAGGAGCUACCGAUACUUAGUCUUGAGGAGCUGGCAAGUGCCACAAACAACUUUGAUCAAUCUAAUAAGCUUGGGCAGGGUGGAUUUGGUCCUGUCUACAGGGGAAAAUUGCUAGAUGGACAAGAAAUUGCAGUUAAAAGACUUGCGAGAACUUCAGGACAAGGGCUAGAAGAAUUUAUGAAUGAGUUGGUGGUGAUUUCUAAACUUCAGCAUCGGAAUCUUGUUAGACUCCUUGGAGGGUGUGUUGAAGGUGAAGAAAAGAUGUUGGUCUAUGAAUACAUGCCAAACAAAAGUUUGGACACAUUUAUUUUUGAUCCAGUCAAACAAGAGUUGCUAAAGUGGAGAAAACGCUUCAACAUUAUUGAGGGAAUUGGUCGAGGUCUACUCUACCUUCACAGGGAUUCGAGACUUAGGAUUAUUCAUAGGGACCUAAAGGCAAGUAACAUAUUAUUGGAUGAAGAGCUCAAUCCAAAAAUAUCAGAUUUUGGAUUGGCCAGGAUUUUUGGAGGCGAUGAAGACCAAGCCAAUACUAAAAGGGUUGCCGGAACAUACAGUUAUAUGUCCCCAGAAUAUGCAAUGGAAGGACGUUUUUCAGAAAAAUCAGAUGUCUUCAGCUUUGGAGUAUUAUUACUAGAAAUAGUGAGUGGAAGAAGAAACGCUAGUUUUUAUUAUGAUGAGCAAAUCACGAGUCUUUUAGGAUUUGCAUGGAAAAUGUGGGACACAGACAAUAUUGUUGCUUUAAUCGAUCCAGUGAUAUCAGAACCAUACUUUCAGGAGGAGAUCCAGAGAUGUAUACAUGUCGGGCUGUUGUGUGUGCAAGAUUUAGCUAAAGAUAGGCCAAGUGUGCAUGUUGCUAUUUCCAUGCUAAAAAGUGAGAUUAUUGAGCUGCCUCGUCCCAAGCAACCUGUAUUCAGUGCAAUUCAAGUUGCUCCAGAAACAGAGUCUUCAACUCGCAUACGAAUAGAAGGCAGUGUCAACAAUGUCACUAUUACAAUGGUUCAUGGUAGAUAGAUGACACCUACUCUUGAGUGUUUGAAACAGUCAUUUUGUAAUUGAACAAGUUGCAAACUUUCGAUAGAACCUGCACAUAUUUGCUUAAUAUAA